AUGGCCGACGGCGACAGCGGCAAGUCGGGCACAUGUUGUCCUAUUCCACUUUACCGAUGGCGAUCGCACUGGAGCCAUCGGCGCAAGCUCCGACUCGUACUUUUUUUUUUCCUUUUCCCUUUUGCCUCAACACAUGAGUUGGUUUGCGCAAAAGAGAACCGCACUAAGGGCAUCGCCCCAAGUUUCCAACGCUGUCAGCUCCACACGCAAAGUGUCAAGACGCCGUCGAUCGCCAACUCUAUCCCCCAUCGUGAAUUCAGCACGGCAAGGUUGCCCUAG